AUGGAAUUCUUCAAUGACAACGGCGCGGAUCCUCUCAAGCCUUCACUGUUCGAGCUCAUUGCUCAAGAACAACUCCGAGAUUUGCUGCAACCCGCGUUGAAAUAUGUCCUAGCGGUGUUUGCUCAGAGAUACCCCCGCUAUCUGCUGCGAAUAGUCAACAGACAUGAGGAGUUUUAUGCUCUUAUCAUGCUCGUUGUUGAGCGUCAUUACCUCAAGAAACACAACGCCUCUUUCUCUGAAAACUUCUAUGGACUGAAGCGGCGUCGGAGACCACACGUGGAAACUGAGAGAGCGACAGCGGCGGUGGGAGGCAUUCCAGCUGGGGAAUCUCUGCGGAAUCGAGAGAUUUGGCGCUCGUUAUUCUUCUUGGUCGGUGUACCGUAUGCCAGAGCAAAAGCUCACGACUAUUUUGAGGAGCUAGGGGGGGGAGCAAGCUCGGAUGUGUUGGACGAAGGACUAGAUGCGCGACAAAUACAAGCACUUACGGACCAGAACUUCAAAGGACGCUUCCGACGCGUCUUUAAGACCAUAUACCCGUAUGCUAACACAGGUUUCGAGUUUUGGUUGCUGCUAUGGAACAUCGCAUAUUUGUUUGAACGGACACCGUCGUAUAGACCGUGGCUCAACUGGAUUGGGGUGGAUCUGAGGCGUCUUGGGCUUGAGGACUUCCGCUCUGCAAGCCUUGCUACACAGAAGAGUACAUCUCCUGAAGCCCGCCGAAAUUUCCUGGCUCGCAUUCGACGCCUUAUUUUCACAUCGCCGCGAUUAUUGCUCGACUCACUCCGACUUUUGCUACCUACGGCAAUAUUUUUUGUAAAGUUUUUGGAGUGGUGGUAUUCCCCUAGCUCCCCAGCUCGCGCACUAUCCACCUCUCCGCAAGGUCCGGCGAUUCCCCCUCCAAGCAUGCUUCCGCCGCACCCGCAAGGAAUACCCUUUGACAGAACGUCAUAUGGUAUAUGUCCAAUCUGCCACAAAAGUACAAAUAAUGCAACCGCGCUACCCUCUGGAUAUGUUUUUUGUUAUCGUUGUGCGUACGACCAGGUGGAGAAGCACGGAAAGUGUCCAGUGACGUUGUUACCGGCACGAGUAUGGCAACUGAGAAAGGUUCUGGUAUGA